AAUAAAACAACUCUUCGCGAAAUAAAUUUAAUUUCGCAGAAAAUGUUAGAAGUCACAUGCAAUGAUCGUCUUGGGAAGAAAGUUAGAGUAAAAUGUAAUCCUGAUGAUACAGUGGGUGAUUUGAAAAAGCUUAUAGCGGCACAAACUGGUACAAGAUACGACAAAAUUGUUCUCAAGAAGUGGUACACCGUCUUCAAGGAUCACAUUAAACUUUCGGAUUAUGAAAUCCAUGAUGGAAUGAAUUUGGAGCUGUACUAUCAAUAGGGUAACAUGAGGGCAUCAACAAAUAUUUGUAAGCUUUUUUUGUAAAUAAAUUAUUAAAAA